GCAGCCUGGAGCCUCCAAGGUUAUGAUCGAUAUCUCCACUUGCGGUCGCGCCAUCUUAUAGGUGUAGUAUCCGACAGUCGAGAUCUAGACCUGGAAGAACCGCAAUCCCGGACACCACGCACCCUGCCCUCUUUUCACAUCACGCCUGCUCCAGCCCGGUCAGCAUGCCGCGCUCGAGCUUUUCGGAGAAUCCGUUGUUGCGCGUGUCGCGACCGGUGUCAGCUUGCUCUAGAUGUCGAGCCGCCAAAGUCAAGUGUGACGGAAAGCUACCGGCAUGUACGGCCUGCGAGAAGGCCGGUCGGGAGAAUGAGUGCUCGGCCGCCAACGAUCAAUUCGCCAGAGGCAAGGAGCGAAGUUACGUUGCUGCCCUCGAGCUCCGCAUAGAAAAGUUGGAAAAACGCCUCGAAUAUGCUCGGUCGAGGAAGGCUUCCGUCGCCCAGCAUGAGUCCGAGGCAGCGCCGGCAGCGCCGGAGUCUGACCGAAAAGAUUCGCUCGCCAUCAUCAAGGCUGCCAUCUAUCGGAAGGCUGCGCGGAAGCGCGAGAUGUCCGAUGUUAAUUCGCUCUUGUCUGAUUUCGGCUUUCUAUCUAUCAAUGCCACGACGAGGGACUUCGAGCCCUCCAUGACCAACAUGACCUUUGCGCGGCUCGUGCUAGCUGCCGCUUCUAACGAUCCUCUACCGGAAAUCGGGGAUUGGGCGCUGCCUCCUCGACAAGAUGCUCUCCCCCUUGUCCAGCAUUACAUGGCUAAUAUCUAUUCGUUAUAUCCCGCCUUCCCUGAAACGACGCUCUACACCAUCCUCGACCAGAUGUACUCCUUCCAGGAGAGAGCGAUCAAGGAUGCCGACUACUGGCUUGUGUACAUGGUGCUAGCCAUCGGGUCCACCGCCCAGAGUCGAGCAAAGGACGACGACUACUACAUCAAUGGGCUGUGCUUCGUAUCACGGGCCCUGCAACAUGCCGACAGAGCGUUGAUGCCGGGCUACACUACGCAGAUUCAGUGUCUAAUCCUCCUCACGCAAUACUCGAUGCUCGAUCCCACCCACUUCGACAGUUGGCAUCUCAUCGGUUUCACCUGCAGAGCGGUAAUUGAUUUAGGAUUUCACCAGGACCCCCCAAUCGAGCAAUUGCCGGACAAAGCGGCGCUGGAUAUGAGACGGAAGACCUUCUAUUGCGUUUACUCACUAGAUAGAUCAAUCAGCAUGGUCCACGCUCGCGCUUUUUCGUUCACCGACGCGGCGACGAACGUGGCCUGGCCUCGGCCAUCGUCAUUCAGCCGGCGGGCGUCGAUCACGGGGCAGAUACUGUCAGGGUCAGAGCCGGCGUUCCUCUUGUUCCAGCUGCGGCGGGCGCAGUCGCACUGGUACCAGGCGCUCUUCCAGUCGGAGCCGACGCCGCUGCCAGACGCGCCCUCGUUCAUCUGGAAGGUGUGCCAGGACAUGCGGGAGUGGGCUGAGGCGCUGCCGACGUCGCUCCCCCCCGGCAUGCGCGAGCUCUUCGACCUCGAGCUGCGGUACAGCUUCGUGUACUGCAUCGCCCCGUCGGCGCGCGCCCCGCACCUCACCGACUACGGGCGCCUGCUUAUCUUCGAGCAUGCUAUCGCCUACGUCGAGCGCAUCUUCGAGAUCGCGCACGCCGGCGGUGGCGCAAACGUCGGCAGGAACACCGCCUUCUACACGUACCACGAUGCGCUGCGCGUUUUCUUCAUGGCGAGCCAGUUCGUCGCUGUUCUCCGCGACGCGGAGGACCUGCUACUAGCGGGUGUUACCGUGCCGUUGCCCCUCGUCGAGCUAGGCAAACCGCCACCGCCACCACUGCCGCGGCCCGGCGCCGGAAUCGCAGGCGCAAAUUCGGGCGGAGGACUACCGGCGGGCGCGGGGGGGGCCACAGCGGAUAACGUCGACCGCAGCAUCGCAUGCCUCGAGAAGGCCGCGCGUACACUCGCCAAGUACGGCGAGCGCUGGGAUACGUGUGUGUCGCUGCAGCAGAGCUUCGAGCUCAUCUCGGCCGAGCUCUCUGACCGCCUGCGCGUCCGCAAGCAGAUGCAGCGGUACGCGCCGCCGCACUCGCACCCCCAGCACCCCCAGCACGCGCACGCACACUCAGGCCAGCAUAUCGCGGCCCCGCCCCCGCCGAGGGAGAUGAAGUGGGUCGACGUCGACGUCGAGGCCCUGAUGAGGACCGGCGCCGGCGCCGGCGGCGGGUCGAGGGCAGCUAAGUUUGAGCAGUGAUUUCGGGAAGGAGAGCACCCUUGAGAUACCUGAUUUACUAUUAUAAAUGGAGGAAAGACUCGUACUAAAGUUGGAGGACUGACGGGGUAGAAAGUUUAGUUGCCGUACUGAGACGGUCGGGAGAUGGGAAAGGAGAAGGGGGCCUAGGAAAGGAACUGGUGUGGUCUUCAAUUGCAUAGAUAGGCGUUAGGAGAGGGACUUGGGAAUGGGGGCAAGGAGGCGGUCAUCGAGGAACUUACUUGGCUUUCGGGCAUUUCCGUCUAUCUAGGUGUGUACGUUAAAGAAGACGGGUGACUGGGUGAGAGGGGAGGGAGUGAAGGGGGAGCGAAGAGAGAGUGGAGGAGUCUAGAACCGGCUAAUGAUGGACGAUCUAUCCGAUUUAAGAACUGAACGAAUGUACGAAAUAGAUUCUAUGCCG